AUGCCCGCCGCAAACCUACAGCCCGCGGGUGAGUCCCCACCAUGCCGGCAUUGUGAUAUCGAUCCGCGCACCCGCGUCUCUGGGCAGAAAGAAAACGACGAGCUGACAAGUGCCUGAAACCCAUCGUAGACCGCGCGGCGCCAUCUCCACCGCCAACGGAUUCUGGCGUUGAAAAGGGCACUUCUCCCGACAGAUAUCUUCGUCCUCCCGAACGGCCUGCUCAUCUGAGGACUUGGAGCGCAGAAAGCAUUCGACGGGCCAUGUUUGAGCAUCACCACCAUGUUCACCACCUCCACUUCAGGGAGAGGAUACGGCAUUUCACAUGGACCUGGUUCACCAUGACUGUGAGGAUCGCCUAUCCCACUGUCAAACUGUUCAGCCGACUGACCUGUAGCAUUGAAGAUGGCAACUGGCGGCGUGGCUAACGUCCUCGCCAACGGCAAGUCUCAAUCGGCAUUUCUCGUCGACCUUGCCUUUCGCUGACUUGUGCUUCAGUUCCAUAUCGAUUCCACGGCCUCUACGCCAUUGGAUGCAUAUUCUUUCUUUUCAACAUUGUCCUUUUCAUCUUUAACGUCACCAUGAUAUGUCUACGAUUCUACUUCUACCCUCCGACAUUUCUAAGUUCGAUAUUGCAUCCAACGGAGAGUCUUUGUAUGUCCGUUGAGAUAUCAAAGAUUCCACUGUAAACAUCUAUGCUAACGACCUGCAGUCAUACCAGCCUCCGUAAUCAGCAUCGGCACGAUUCUACUGAACAUCAGUCAAUACGGACUCCAAGAUGGCAAGGCCGGCAGAUGGCUACUCUGCACCAUGAUUGCGAUGUUCUGGUUCUACUGCGGCUUGGCGGUUCUCUUUAGUGCGGGAAUCUACCUUGUCCUGUACGUCUUGGAAGGCGCUUUACUUUGCUUGAAAUGGUCACUGACAAAGUCGAAGGUGGUCCACACAGACUUUCACCGUCGCCAGCAUGACCCCGGUGUGGAUUUUCCCAUGCUAUCGUAAGUUCAGUCACACGUCAUGUGUAACAGGCACAUGGCAUACAGGAUCUUGGCUGACAAGGGACGUUUAUUUCUACAGCGCUUCUAGUCAUUGGUCCUCAUGCUGCGUCUUUAUCGAAGCACCUAGUCGGCUGGCACACCAGAGGUCUCGACAUCAUCAUCGGCGGCUUUGUCUUCCAAGGCAUCGGGUUCUUGCUGUCGCUGAUGAUAUACGCGGCUUUCAUCUAUCGUCUCAUGACACAAAAGCUGCCCAAUGAGAAUCUCCGACCUGGAAUGUUCGUGAGCGUUGGACCUUCCGGAUUCACCAUCUCGGGAAUAGUGGGAAUGGGGCUGAACCUUCCGAGCUUAGCCCCGGAUGAUUUCCUGGUAGCCGGCCACGGCAUUUUGGCUGCGCAGGUCUCGAAGAUCGUGGCGAUAUGGAUCGGUCUUUGGUUAUGGGGACUUGCUUUCUGGUUCUUCUUGGUAUCCGUUGGAGCACACUGGUCUUGCAUACGAAAGAGAUCCAUGACUUUCGCCAUGACCUUUUACUCCUACGUGUUCCCUAACACGGCACUCACCACCGCGACCUUCGCCAUUGCAAAGGCUCUGGACAAUCGCCCGAUUCGCAUCCUGGGAUGCGCGAUGACCGUCCUCGUCAUCAUCACUUGGCUCUUGGUCUUCAUCAUGAUGGUUCGUGCAGUCAUCGCAAAGGACAUUCUCUGGCCGCAAAGGCAGGAAGAUCGCGCCGAGGGCGGCUGGGUUAAGCACUCGGCUGAACACUCAGUCUGCGACCUGAGGUCCUGCGCCCACGGUGGUGAGGACAAUGCACGGCUCGCUUCUGAAGCUCCUAGCAUUGGAGUCAUGACCACUGACACUGAGUACCACGCCAGCCCGGGCAACGAGCGUCCUCCCACAUCCAACGGCGGCAUUACACCAGAUGUCCCGCAUAUCUGGGCGAAUCAGCAGCAUCUCAAUCGCCAGAGGACGAAUGUUGCUAGCGCGGAUGGUAUUGUGUGA